AUGGGAACCUUACUGAUCGACAAUCUCUUUUACCUUUUGCAGGAUGAAGAACUUGAAUGCGACUAUAUUUACAGAGAGACUGCGAGAUACAUACCGCAAUGUGGAUUCAUCGACGACGAGCACAAGAAAUUCCUUCGCGAUUUGAUGAUUGGAGUCGGUGAGAAGCAGGGAUGCGACUGGUCUCUCUGUGGAUUUCCAUCAAAGCCAAUGCCUACUACAAAACGUCCGAAAACCACGACUACGAGUGCCGCGGAAACCAGCGGUUUUUCUGCCCUUUUUCUUAUCCUCAUCUUUUUCUUCCUAAAACGAUAA